CGGAAGUGAAGUAAAAAUGGGGCAGGGCUGAUAUAAACGAGGAAAAAAUCGAUUUCGGUCUUUAUUUAGCAGAUACCAUUGAUAUUCAUCAUGGCAGCAGGGGAGAAAAUCACAUUGACAGAUGCACUACAAAAUGUGGAUGUGUUGGAUGAGCUUCCCUUGCCAGACCAACAGCCAUGUAUUGAGGGCAUGUCCUUGUCAAUCCAUUAUCAGGCCAACUUCGACACCAACUUUGAGGACAGGAAUGCCUAUGUCACAGGAGUUGCUCGAUACAUUGAGGAGGCAACUGUUCAUGCAGAACUGAAUAAACUGCUGGAGGAGGGCCAGGAACAUGCCGUGAUGUUAUAUACAUGGAGGUGUUGCUCCCGAGCUCUACCACAGGUGAAGAGCAAUGAACAGGCUAACAGGACUGAGAUCUACCAAAAGACUGUGGAAGUGCUCGACCCACAGGUCUCCAAACUGAUGGAUCUCAUGUAUUUCACGAGACGAGCUAUACAGAGGUUUGGAAGUGAAGUGAAGCGCUUGUCCCACAAUCAAAAGAGAAAUGACUUUGUGUCAGAAGCCUAUUUGGUUACAUUGGGAAAAUUUAUCAAUAUGUUUGCUGAACUGGAUGAGCUGAAGAACAUGAAGGCUGGAAUUAGAAAUGACUACUCUGCUUAUAGAAGGUCAGCCAUGUUCCUGAAGGUAAUGGCCGAUCCACAAGCCCUGCAGGAAUCACAGAAUCUCUCUAUGUUCUUGGCCACUCAAAAUAAGAUACGAGAAAUGCUUAAGGAAGCCCUAGUGGAUGCUGGCAGUUGUGAAGAGCUCCUGGCUGACAUCAUCAACAUCUGUGUGAGCAUGUAUGAGAACCGUCUCUUCCUAGAGCCUAGUGAAAAGUACAUGUUGGUCAAGGUAAUGGCGUUUGGGAUAUACCUGCUGGAUAGACCAGAUUGUAGCAUCUAUAAGAUGGACCAAAGGAAGCGAAUCAAUAUCUCUAAAAUAGACAAGAUUCUUAAGCAACUCGAAGUUGUUCCACUGUAUGGAGAUAUGCAGAUAAACCCAUAUACCUACAUCAAAGGCAGCUGUAACUAUGAUGCAUCACGGUGGAACUUCUGUGAAUCAAGCCACAUCAGUCCUCAGUCCAACAUUCUAGCAAAUCUGGAGGCGAUACGAGAGGACCACAUGGCAUAUAUAAGUCAGCUUUCCAAACACAGUAACGAGGCCAUCACAACAACACGCGAGUCACCACGACCUGAUUCUGAGAACAAAGAACUGAGUGAGCUUGCCUUACGUGGAUUACAUCUCAUGUCAGCCUGGACACAACAGGUCAUGGAGCUGUAUUCCUGGAAGUUGCUGCAUCCAACAGACAGCCACCAGAACCCUGACUGUCCACAGUCUUCUGAGGAGUAUGAACGGUCUAUCAGGUACAACUACAACAGUGACGAAAAGUUUGCCAUCAUAGAAGUUAUUGCAAUGAUUAAGGGGCUACAACUCCUGAUGGCCCGAAUGGAAACAGUGUUUAUGGAUGCUAUUCGACGACACAUCUAUGCUGAACUACAGGAUUUUGUACAGCUUAUCCUGAGGGACCCACUCCGCAAGUCCAUCAAAAAACGCAGUGACGUCAUCAAAGUGAUAAUUAUGGCAGUACGGGACACAUGUGUUGACUGGUUCAGAGGAACGGAGCCUCAAGAUGACCCCUCACUCAAGGGCAAGAAGGAUCCAGAUGAGGGCUUUAUGAUCAAGGUCCCCAGGAGGAAUGUUGGCCCCUCAACAACGCAGCUGUAUAUGGUGAGGACCAUGUUGGAGUCGUUGAUUGCUGAAAAGAGUGGUGGAAAGAAGACACUGAGAAAGGAUAUUGAUUACCAACAUCUGUUAACCAUUGACAACUUCCACAAAACCUCAUUCUUCUGGAACUAUCUCCUCAACUUCAAUGAAUCUCUCCAACGAUGCUGUGACCUGUCUCAGCUCUGGUACAGGGAAUUCUUUUUGGAGAUGACCAUGGGCAAGCGCAUACAGUUCCCUAUAGAAAUGUCGUUGCCAUGGGUGCUAACAGACCACAUACUGGAGACCAAAGAGCCUUCAAUGAUGGAGUACAUUCUGUACCCCUUGGACUUAUACAAUGACAGUGCCCACUAUGCACUCACCAAGUUCCACAAGCAGUUCCUGUAUGAUGAAGUGGAGGCUGAGGUGAAUCUCUGCUUUGAUCAGUUUGUGUACAAGUUAAGCGACCAGAUAUUUGCCUACUAUAAGCAUCUGGCAGGAAGUAUUAUGCUUGACAAGAGGUUUCGUUCAGAGUGUGCAAGCAUGGGUGUCAAAGUGAAUUACCCAGUUGCUAACAGAUACCAGACUUUGCUGCGACAGCGACAUGUACAGAUCCUAGGAAGACUUAUUGAUCUGAACAAGCUGAUCGGCCAGCGAGUGAAUGCUGCUUUACAAAAGGCCCUAGAUGUAGCCAUCGCCAGGUUUGAGGGUGGUGACAUCACUGGAAUUGUGGAACUAGAGGGGCUGAUUGAGUGUAACAGACUCACCCAUAAACUAUUAGCCAAGUACUUGACAUUGAAUGACUUUGACGCCAUGUUGAGAGAAGCCAACCACAAUGUGUCUGCACCCUAUGGACGUACGACACUGCAUGUGUUCUGGGAGGUCAACUAUGACUUUCUGCCCAAUUACUGUUACAAUGCUGCUACCAACAGGUUUGUAAAGACAAAGCUGCCAUUUGGUCCUGAGAGUCAGAGAGAGAAACCUCCCAAUGCUUCACCACACUACAUCUGGGGCACAAAGGCCCUGACAACCUCAUACAGUGCUAUCUACAACCUAUACCAAGGUUUUGUUGGAGCUCCACAUUUCAGAGCCAUCUGUCGCCUGAUUGGCUAUCAGGGUAUCGCUGUGGUGAUAGAGGAACUACUGAAGAUAGUCAAGGCUUUGCUGAAAGGAACCCUGUUUGAUUAUGUGAAGACUUUGAUGAGAGUCAUGCCAAAUGUUUGCCGAUUACUGCGAUACGACUAUGGAUCACCAGGUGUGAUGGGUUAUUACCAGGCCCAGUUAAAUGAUCUGAUUCAGUACCCAGAUCUGAGGACAGAGGUGUUCCAGAGUUUCCGGGAGGUCGGAAAUGCCAUCCUGUUCUGUAUGUUGGUAGAACAGUCUCUGACACAAGAAGAGGUUUGUGACUUGAAACAUGCUGCACCGUUCCAGAAUAUCAUACCCAAACCAUUUAUUCCUAUCAAAGAGGGUGACAACAGGAAGGAGAAAGAACAGGAGCUGAAGAUGAUGAUGAAGAGAUUAGAAGCAAAAUAUGCUGCUCUUCAGGUGGUACCUGUCAUCUCGAAACUGGGAAAUAGUCAGCAAAGUGAGAUUGCCGCAGAAGGAGAUCUUUUGACCAGAGAGAGACUGUGCUGUGGACUGUCCAUGUUUGAGAUAGUGCUGACUAGAAUCCGUACAUUUGUGGAAGAUCCACUCUGGGUUGGUCAGCCUCCAGCCAAUGGUGUUAUGAAUAUUGAUGAAUGUACAGAGUUCCACAGGUUGUGGAGUGCCAUCCAGUUUGUCUUCUCCAUCCCUGUCGGGGACAAUGAAUACACCAUAGAGCAGUUGUAUGGUGAGGGUCUGAACUGGGCAGGAUGUGCUCUUAUCAUCCUUCUUAACCAGCAGAGGAGGUUUGAAGCCCUCGACUUCAGCUACCACAUCCUCAAGGUCAACAGGGUAGACAUGAAAGAUGAAAAUGUCAAAGGAAUUCAAUUAAAGAAGAUGGUGGACAGAAUCAGGAAAUUCCAAAUAUUAAACAAUCAAAUAUUUGCUGUGUUGAACAAAUAUCUAAAGACCAAUGACUCCGACAGUAUACCUGUAGAACAUGUGAGGUGUUUCCAACCACCUAUCCACCAAUCCUUAGCCACUACAAUAUGAACAGCACCAGGACUGUUAACUUGUUGGGCAUUUACAAGAUACAGUCUGACCUGUACCAGGUUUUGUUGUGACAUUACAUAUUGAUGGAUUCCAAGUCACAUGUCACAGUUACUGACAUAUUAGGUUAAAUAUGUCUCACCUGUGUCAAAAUCUGCUUUAAGAUGAUGGGAGGUCACAUUAAUUUUUUUUAAGACCUUGGAAAAAUGGCUACAGUGAAAAGCUUAAGGACAGACAGGUAGUUAUGUCUGUGUAUUCCUGGGAGAGUUUAUGUAUCUCGCUGAGACUGUGUAUCCUACAGAGACUGUGUAUCGCCUGGAGAGUUUGAAUGGCAGAUUGUAACCAGCUUAGUCCAAAUAAUAUAUGUGAUCAGUAGAAAAGUUAAAAGAGGCAUUGUUGGCAGUAACAGUUCAGCCUCGUGUAACUCAUCAGAGACACAAGAUAUUUAUUUGAUGGCUCGCUAAUUAUUUACGAAGAUAUCAACAUAUGAGAUUAAAUCAACGGACAAAUAGUUUAUCACAGCUUCAUGCAUUCGUCAUACAUGAUGUAAAGAUAACCUGCCCCUCAUGGUUAGGGCAAAUGGUGUUCCUCUGGCUGUCACUCUGUCAUUAUUUUGUGUUGAUUUACUGAUGCAGAACAGUAAUUUGGUAUGUAUUUGUAUAUGAAAAUAUGCAGACCAAGUAUGAUCUGGUUAUGGUUGAUUUGAGUUAUUGCUAUCAAACUUUAAGAAUUUUAAUUAAAUACUCAUAAAAAUGAUAAAACCAAAAUUGGAGUCUUGCCUUACUCCUUAAGGAAUUAAAAAAAACUCUGUAAAUGACAAUAUUUUGAAGGCCAUAGCCACUGUAGUUGCGAUGAUUUACUUGGCAACCCAUUCAUGGUCAACCAAUACCUAAAUUUAGAGUACACCACUUAACAAAGGCAUGACACUGAAAAGUUUCAAACUUCUCCAUGGUUGCUUGUCAGGGCAUUUUUGUGUUUCCGACACAUUUACAAUAUUUUAUAUAAUGUUGAAGAAGUGCAGCAGUCUUCCAUAUGUAUUGAAAUAUUUUCUAUUACACAACAGGUAGAGCUUUGUUUAAAAUGUAUUCUAAGGACCGGAUGGUAUUCUUUUCAGCAUUGGACUUCAAAGAUCAUGAACAGUAAUUUGAAAUGUUUGUGAGUUUACAGUUCUGGGACAAAGUAUAAUUGACAAAAUCACUUCACAUUUAUGUAUUAAGAAAUAGUUGCGUCUGUGUUUUAGAAAAAAAAAAUUAAGUCACGAGAUUAAAAAAUCUAAAGGAAAAUACAUUGGUAUAUAUUUCAUUUUUGUGUGAUGAAAUCUUUAAAAGAGAAGCAAAUUAGUAUUGGUAACAGUUUCUAGAUUAAAGUAAUCAGAUCUAGAUGUAUUAGAAAAACAAAUGACGGACUUCUUUGUGGAGGAGGGAGGGGUAUAAUUAGACAAUAUUAUUGUAAACAAGCUUUGAUUCACAUAUUUCAUAUGUAAAGAGAUACAUGCAUGUGUGUAAUUUUGAGCCUUUGUGUGUUUACUGCCAUAAUUACACAUUAACUACAUAAGGAUAUGGUAGAUAUAAUCUAGAACUCUGGUUGUCAAUACAUAUAUUUAAAUAUGUUUGUAUUUGUAGUGUGUGUGUAUAUUUUUAUCCAGUUUUGCUUCAGAUACAAAUAAAAAAGAGUGUUAUUUAGAGAUUUGGAUGUAAUUGACUUAAUAUCUUUUAGUAUGUUGAUAUUUUAAAGGAAUGUUUACAUAUAUGAAUACAUUAAUCAAAUAUGAAGGGAAAUGAGCAAGUCUAUCUUCAUGUACAUUACUUUCGUCAGAUGAAAAAUAACUUUCAACCGCAGUUUUGUUGUCUCAUAUUUUGAAUUAUUGCUACUGUAAUUGACACUUUUCUCUGAUCUGUUCAAAUAUCCGCUGAUCUGUGCAAAUAUCUCCAAAAUGAUAUUUCAGAAAUCAAUAAAUACCUUAAUUGAUCAUAAUGUCAUUAUUUAAGUCUCUACUUUCCUCAUAUGAAUAUUUUUUUCUUUUAUUUCUCAUGUUUUACAAGAAUCUCUGAUUAAGCAUGAUCAAUUUUUGAUACUUCCAGUUACAAUUUUUUCUGAUAAAUAUAAUAAUAUACUAGAGCUAUGUGGAGUAGUAGUUAGGAUCUGAUCACACUGUUCUGAUGAAAAGUUAGCUCAAUACCUUAAAAAGAAUCAAUUUCUGUGAUUAUUUAACUUUUUCUCCUUUUUGGAAUCUGUUGAUAUUCUAUGAAGUAGAUCUGUAUCACACAUCCUUCUGAAAUCAACCUUGUAGUAGUUACAUUCUCUUUAUCUAAUCUAUGAUAAGAAGAUAUUUGCUUUCUGGAGAGACUACAGGGUAAAACUGAUUACAGUUUGGUUUAGACAAUGUUUAGCGUUGUGAUAUAAAGACACCAGUAAAACCUUGUGCCUGUUCUGUUUGCACUUAAGUACAAACAUUUUUUAUCAUAAAUUUUUGUAAUAUUUACUAAUUUAAAAGAACUUGAAACUUUUUGAAGAAAUAUUUUAGCUUUAUCUUAGGAUAUUUUGAAACCUGUUAGAAUCCAUCAUUUUCUGUUGAUAUGAAGACAAGUUUGUUGGUAGAGGUUCUGUGAAUGCCCAUUAUGGUAGGUCUAUUUACCAGUUAUGUUAAUAUAACUAUUACCUGUUCUUUCAGGUAUGGCAAUGGUAAAAUUAUAAAUUGUACUUAAAAUUCAGUAAUGGCCAUGACAAACUAUAAAGGGGUUUCUUUUGUUGAUACUGUGAAUAUGUCAACUAAAGAGAAGUAUUUUUGUUGUAGAAAAAAAAGUCACUUAAUUUGACAGUAAUAAGGAUACCAUGGCUCUGGUAUUUGAAGUCACAAACUGACAAAUAUGCAACUUUGGUGUAAUAUUUGAUACUGUCAACAAAAUACUUUCAUGGUUGUUUGAGAGCAAAACCUUUUAGUGAUGGUGUGAAAAACUCAAAAUUACUUAAAAUUUUCAUUUAAUUUCAUUUAAUUCCCAUUUUAAAAUAAAACUGAUAAAACAAAGCAAGCAGAAUAAUCACAUGUAAAGACUUGGGUGUGUUUUUAGAGUCACUGAAAUCAUGUGUGAGAAGACUAGCCUGAUUUUGUUGUGUGAUCCCGGUCAUUUAUAUAAUUCUUUAUUGUAAGUAGAAAACCUUUUAUACCAUGCUUAUGUCUUAACACUUCACCAUGAAACUGUAGACAUUAAUGUUCUGUGCAAUACAAGUUCUAUAACGCCAGAGUAACAUGAUACAAACUUUGUAUUUUAUUAUGUAGAAAUGAUAACCAUAUGUAAACAAAAUUCAAUAAAUCAUAAAUACAA